AUGGCGCGCACGAAGCAAGCCACGCCCCUCCGACGCGAGACGUCUUCGGAGUACUUUAGCAAGAAUGAUGCCCUCAAGCGCACCGUCAGUGGCGAGUCGCCGAAGCCCUCGAAUGGCGUGACGACUAAGGGAGUGCACCCAGCCGCUGCGUCGCCGCCGCCAAAGCAGGAGCCUGCUGCCGCAUUCCAGGUCCUUGUCGCGACUGGCGGCAUCUACAUGUCCUUCCUGACUUGGGCUUACCUCCAGGAAAAGCUCACGACAACCCCCUAUGGACCGACCGACGCGCCCGAAGUCUUCCGCUACCCCGUAUUCCUGAAUACAAUCCAAUCUCUCUUUGCUGCCGCGACAGGCUUCCUAUACCUCUACUAA